CGUAUUACCAGAACCACUUCAUGGUGUUAAAAAAUUAAUGUUCUGAAUAAUAAAAUUUAGGGACUUCUAAUUUAAAUGAUCAAAAUACGAAUUAGUGUUUUAAAAACCUUUAUAACAAACUUUAAAUUUUUCCCAGGGACGCGACAUACGCAAGUGAACUGUGAUUCGUGCGGUGUUCGGGGAAUAUUUGGAAUGAGAUGGGCGUGUAAACAAUGCCCUAAUUUUAACCUCUGUCCCAUCUGCUAUGUGAAGGAGGAACACGACUUAAAGCACGAGUUUCUACGGUUUGAUACGCCUACUUCACUAGGUGUUCCUGUCACGAAGCGAUAUACAGCGCAGAAAGUUCAAACAAUGGGAAUAUUUCCUGAGGCAACAGUGGUUCGAGGUGUACACUGGGAAUGGUUAAAUCAAGACGGAGGCGCUGGCACGCAAGGCGAGGUCCUAGCUAUAGAGGGUUCAACGGAUUCAUCUGCCACCCGUAAUAUGGCUAGGGUGAAGUGGAGGAACGGAUCAACACACCUGUACAGACUGGGUGCUAAUGGGAAGGUGGAUCUCAAGUUUGUGAAUGAAUUCCCGGGAGUGUAUUAUUACAAAGACCACCUGCCAAAUAUGGAUGGUUCCCUGGCGUCACAAUCAAAAACCCAGUUUGAGACAGACUCCCUGAAAGAGGGCGACACGGUGUUUAUCAAGAUGUCGGCCAAACUCCUAGAGAAGAAACAAAAAGAGCGGGCUACGUGGACCACUAAGAUGGCUGAUUGUAUCGGAAAAGUGGGCGUUAUUAAGAGUUUCACACCUAGGGAAGAUGCGGUUGUGGAAUUCGAUGGUUUAAGGUGUUGCAUGUUUCCAGGAGUACUGCAAAAGGUACCAACCCUCGCGGAAGGAGAUGUUGUAGAACUACUCUCCGACAAGGAAAUGGCGAAGGCCUUGCAACAGUCUCAUGGAGAAUGGGAUUCACAAAUGUCGCAGCUUCUUGGAAAGUGUGGCAAGGUUGUACGGCUAGACAAAGAUGGCGAUGUAGUGGUGGAGUUCGGAAACAGAAACUGGCUCUUUAACCCAGCAUGCUGUGUUCCAGCCCCGGGCAGGGUCCCGGAUGUCGUUGAGUAUGCUGUUUCUUCUUCUCAUGAUGAUGAUGACGACGACGACGGCGAUUCUUCUUUAGGUUCUAGCCUGAACUUGUCUGGAGAUUUCAGUGAACAAGUGUUGGUAAAUUUAGCUGGUCUGAUGCUCCAAGCGUUGGGGGGAAAGUCGAAGGGCACUCCGGAUGAUCUGAUGCACCACGCUGCCAAUGGCAACGCAGCUACUGUGAUGCAAAUACUCAAGACCACCCCAGAACUGGUAAACGUCAGACACAAGGGACUGACGCCGCUAGUGAUUGCGGCACACGAAGGGUACGCGGAUGUGGUGAAGAUUCUUCUGCAAAAUGGCGCCGAUAUUGAAACGCCAGACGAUAAAGGAAAUACACCCCUAAUGGCGGCUAUUAUUGGGAAAGAACCGGAUAUUGCCAUACUGUUGCUGGACAAAGGUGCAAACGUGAAGGUGAGCAACAAACGAAAGAGCACCCCACUGCACUGCGCCGUUGAAGUUGGUGACGUCAUGGAUUCUGUGGUCUCCAUCCUCGUCAAGAAGGGAUGUCCUGUUAACGCACAGGAUAUCGACGACGACACAGCUCUACACGACGCCAUCAGGAAAGCCAACAACCACGCUCUCCGGGUCCUCUGUGGCAGUCCCGGCAUCAAUCUCGACGUGUUCAACAAACAGAAUUUCUCACCUCUUCAGUUUGCCGCCCUCAGAAACAACAGUUUCGCUGUGAAGACCAUUGUUCAGCGUGACGCCAAGACAGUAAAUGCGCCAAUGAAAGGUGGGAAAUAUGCCGCGCUACAUAUCGCAGCCAAUAACAACCAUAUUGAAUGUGCAGACAUCUUAAUCGACAUGGGAAAAGCAGACUUGCACUUAAAGGGUGAUGGCGGUGCAACGCCCUUACAUUUGGCGUGUACGAAGGCACAUUUCAACAUGGUCAAGUUGCUCAUCGAAAAAGGUAAAAAUCUAACAUUUAAAGGGACAUUCCCGAGUUUGCGGCAAUGUUAAAGAUUUUAUCGACUAACAGACUUUUUAACGAU